GCCUGGUACGUAGUAAGUGCGUAACAGAUACCCUUUUAAAAAACAGCUUUGAGCUCCUUAAAAGGGGGUGAAUGCAAUUUGUAAAAUGCCUGUAUCCUUGUGUAAUAUAAUAAGCUCCGGACACAUUAGGAUUUUGAUAAGAAGGCGAAUUCACGGUACGCAGAAAAGGUCUUUACAACCACGCGCUCUGGUAAUGCGUUGUGAUGGGAUCCAUUGGGCUUUUUAGAUAGGAACGUCCACGUUCCAAUUCCAGUAUUCGUUUGUUCCGUGUUUUUUUCCACAGGUCCUUUUCUCAAGUCUCCGGCUCAUGGAUCGAGGCUAAGUGGGUCCCAGGAUCUCCUCCACCCAGAGCACUGGGCCGUGGAGAUCCUAUCCCUUCCCGCACCCCUGCCCUACAACGGAGUGAGAGCAGAGAGAAGAUGAAUGGGUCGAAGAGCCGUCCCAGUGUGCGCUUUCUGCCUCGAGUCCCCUUCUUCAUCAUCCUGGCGGCUCUGGCAACUGCGGGAGAAAUGACAAAUGGCACUUCCAAUGGCACGAGCCCGGUCCUGGGAUCCGAGCCCGUGGUGAUGGCCAGGGUCGACCACGUUAUAGUCAGGGAAGGGAAGAACGCCGUCAUCAACUGCAACGUGCGAGGUGUCCCGGAGCCGCAUUUCAAGUGGUACAAUUCCAAUGGCCAUUUGGUGAAGGAGGACGACGACAAAGAGGAAGCAGGAGGAAAAUGGUGGAUGCACGAGAGCGGCCUGCUGAAUAUCACCCGGGUGUCUUUCUCAGACCGGGGGAAAUACACCUGCGUGGCCGCGAAUGCCUACGGCCGCGUGAACAACACCGUGACCCUGAGGGUCAUCUUCACCUCGGGGGACAUGGGCAUCUACUACAUGAUCGUCUGCCUCGUGGCCUUCACCAUCGUCAUGGUCCUGAACAUCACCAGGCUGUGCAUGAUGAGCAGCCACCUGAAGAAAACCGAGAAAGCCAUCAACGAGUUCUUCCGGACCGAGGGGGCGGAGAAGCUGCAGAAGGCCUUCGAGAUCGCCAAGCGCAUCCCCAUCAUCACCUCGGCCAAGACCCUCGAGCUCGCCAAGGUCACCCAGUUCAAGACCAUGGAGUUUGCCCGCUACAUCGAGGAGCUGGCCCGGAGCGUGCCUCUCCCUCCCCUCAUCAUGAACUGCCGGACCAUCAUGGAAGAGAUCAUGGAGGUGGUCGGCCUGGAGGAGCAGGGCCAGAACUUCGUGCGCCACGCGCCCGAGGCCCCGGACGGCGAGGAUGUCUACACCAUCCCCAACUCGCUGAAGCGCAGCGACUCCCCCGCCGCCGACUCCGACGCCUCGUCCCUCCACGAGCAGCCCCAGCAGAUCGCCAUCAAGGUGUCCGUCCACCCGCGGUCCAAGAGGGACCACGCGGAGGACCCCGAGGGGCCGCAGCUGGAGCCGAAGGACGGGGACGCGGCCGAGGGGACGGAGCCCCCGGCCGAACCCCGCGGGGAACCGGACCCUCCCGGUGUCGGGGCGUCUCCUGAGCUCACGCCCUCCCCUCCUCCUGAACUGGAACCCGAGUCUCUGGUCCUCCCGUCUCCAGAGCCCGCCCCCACGGAGCCGGAGACCGCCGCCAACCCCCCGUCUGUCCGGCGCGACUCUCCGGAGGCCCCGCUGCCCGACGACAGAAACACUUGUAUAAUUUACGAGAGCCACGUAUAACGUCGACUCCGAAGAGCUAUGCAGAGCUAGAAAAAAAAAAAAAAAUCAGGGCCCGCUCCUUGAAAUACAGAUAGAGUAUGUAUUUGCCGCUAAGCCUUACCGGGAGACUAUCGUAACUUACGCUGGAGUGAUGUUGUUUCUAAGGGAGGAGAAGGCCCGGGGAGGGGGGUUUGUAAUGUGAAUUUCGACUCGUAAAGCACCUUAAGGGGUAGGAGGGCAUACGGGAGGUGCUAGGGAGGAACAGGUAGCCACGUUCGUGUCAGACACGACGAUGGAAGCUAAGGGUCCAUAGCUCGUUUGCUGCAAUAGAGGGCCUGGUUCUCUCUCCUCCGUGACUCACCUCGGCGGCAAAGAGCAGCAUUAUUUGCCGCUCCUUUAAAUGUACGUCUCUCCCCGUGACCGGCUACCAGCGAAACCCCCAGAAAUAUUCAAACCGCCUUCCUUUCCCAUUCAGAAACGGCAGGACUCUGUCCUACAGGAGCACGUUCACGUACGAUUUCAGACUCCUCCGUUUGAGUUACUUCCACUGUUCGGUUAUGACAGAGCGAUUGCUAUUAUAUUAAUAUCAAUUGCUCCUUCUGGUUUAGUCGAGUCGGCGACUUUUGUCUGUUUGGGGUUUUUUUUUCGUGAAACGUUUACCUCAAGAGAUUUCUGGGUCAGCCACCUGUGCUAGGAUUGACCUCUGGAAGUCACGUAUAGUGUUGUAAAUGGGAGAGUGGACCUGCUGAAUGAUAAGCUCUUUGCUCCCCUUCUCUCCCUUGCCCCACACCCUUUGAACCGUUUGGGAUUCGGGGCACCGUCACUGCUGCUGGGAAACCGCCCGGGAGGUAUCACCUAAAUAGCCAAAUGCAAAUGCGUUGACCAGUCAAAUACCGCGGACGUCUGGGUGAACCGCGCUAAGUCAAAAGCUGUUCCCGAGGGAUUAAUCGUAUCCAUUUCCCAUCGGUCACGGCUGUUUACAUUUAAGCAACCAUCUUCAGGGCAAAACUGCAGGUGGAUUCACCCUGGGAAAACAGUGGUGGCCCCAGAAUGUCACAGGAUCCAGGCGUCUGUGGAGGCUACUACAGUGUCACAGUCUCUCAGGUGAGUCUAGCCUCAAGCUCGGGUGAAGAGAGGAUGGAGUUAGAGUGGUCGAGGAGAUAGUGCCACAUGUGCCUAAGUUCCUGAGGAAGGGUGAGAGGGCUUGGGGUGUUUCACGACUCUCCAGGUGCUUCAGGCCGUGGUUCGUCCCUGAGCGCUGGACGGAAGCAAGGUGUCUUUGGGACGGAAACAUCGGUUUUAAUCAGAAAUUACUGAUAGUUUCCCCAGGACAUCAGGUGGAUGACGAGGACCGCUCGCCGUGCCUUUUUUCAGACGUGACAAAAAGCCUGGCAGAAGAAACUGGGUGGUUUCAUCUCUGAAUGCUCAAACAAAACUUUAAGCUCAUAAGGAAAGGAGCGGCCCUGGAACCCUGCCUUAGAUUCGCUGCCUAUCAAGGCUAAUAAGGCGGCCGGCCCGUAAGGGACCUGGUCUGCGUGUGAGGCCGAGAAAUGUGAGCUUUCUCUUCCCCGGCUGACCAGGGAUGACCGCCACAUUGUCGAGGAUGCUGGGCUGCAGUAAAAUUCUGAGUUCCAGAAGAUUUUCGGGUGACCUGGCCUGGAUUCUAGUUACUAAAUCCUGAUCGUGCCUGAGAGAACUCAUGAUACCGGAGAGAGGCCAAAUUAGGCUAAGCAGAUAUGAUGUCUUAGGAGGAGCUCGUUGACGAAUUGAUUGAUUGAGGCUGCUGACACAGUUCCAGAAGGGCAGGGCAAAUGUAGCAACAAGUGCUCUGCACAUAGUAAGCGCUCAAUAAAUACGAUUGAUUGAUUGAUUAAAAACAAGGAGCAGCACUUGACAGUGGCACUGAGCCGCCCGUAACGUGAAGGAGAGAUUCCCCUGAACCUCUUGAGUCUGGGCAACUGUGUGAUCUGAAGAGGGAAGGAAAGGGCCUGGUUACAACCUCACCCUGCCGCUGAGCGAGUGCUCAGACAGACUAAAUGGGUUUUUGCCAGUAAGGCGUAUUUACCGAGCGCUUACUUUACGCAGAACACUGUACUAAGUGCUCGGGAGAGUACAACACAACAAUAAACAUACAACAAUCUUGCAGAUUUGUUUUAGUAAACAAAUGGACAUCUUCUAAGCGAAAAAGACUAUUAUCCAAACCGUUUUUGCCAGAAAGUGUUGGGUAACUAAGGCAUAUGCAAGUUGGGGCCCUGAACUAGGUGAUCGGUUUGCCGGAUCAAUCGUAUGCAUUGAGCAUUUACUGCGUGCACAGCACUGUACUAAGCACUUGGGAGAGUACAGUAUAAACAG